AACGGAAUUGCUUGGGCCGAUAUAAACCGUCUGGACGCUGGCUGCAUUAGCUAAAGUUGGGAGUCAGCGGCGUGACUAGCCGGCGGCCAUUUCACAACAGUUUUUUUCAGCUAAUUUAAAUAACGUGGAGCUGCGGGAGGAUCAGGGGAGGAUGUAGGCGACGUCUGCUGACAUCUGCACGGCAGUGGUUUCUCCCUCCGGGCCGAGGACGACAAACAACAACCGCCAAAUCCUCGAAAAGACGCUCGAACUCACAUGACCGGCCGACGAGGAUAUAAACCCCGACAGUGAUGGGGCGCUGUUCACGCAAACUGGGCGUGCUCGCCAAGGCGUUCUUCCUUCUGUGGCUACUCUGGCUGGGCUAUCUUCUACUUGCUCUCUCCCCCUUACCGUCCUCAACAUCAUCCUCCGCUGACACGCUUGAGCUAAAGCCUCGGAAAUCCGAUGCGGAGAACCUGGCCGCGCCCCUCUACGCCAAGCCGCCGGCAGAUGGCAACGCCCCGGGUGAGUGGGGUCGGGCGACCAAACCCGACCUGAGUCCGGAGGAGAAGAAGCAAGCGCAGGAGAGCGUGGAGCUCUACGCCAUCAACAUCUUUGUCAGCGACAAGAUUUCUCUACACAGACAUAUUAAAGACAACAGGAUGCCUGAGUGCCGCAGUAAGCAGUUUGACUACCACCAUUUACCCACCACAUCGGUCAUCAUCACUUUCUACAACGAGGCCUGGUCCACGCUGCUCAGGACGGUCCACAGCGUCCUGGAGACGACGCCCGCCAUCCUGCUGAAGGAAGUCAUCUUGAUCGACGACUACAGCGACAAAGACUAUCUAAAAAGCCAGCUGGCCGAAUACCUCGGCAACCUGAAGCGCGUUCGUCUCAUCCGUACCAACAAGCGCGAGGGCCUGGUCCGGGCCCGUCUCAUCGGCGGCCGCUUCGCCACUGGCGACGUGCUCACCUUCCUGGACUGUCACUGUGAGUGCGUUACGGGCUGGAUCGAGCCGCUGCUGGAAAGGAUCAGACAGAAUCCCAGCACCAUCAUGUGUCCUGUGAUCGACACCAUUGACUGGAACACUUUUGAGUUUUACAUGGAGACGGGCUUGCCCAUGAGGGGGGGCUUCGACUGGAGGCUCACCUUCCAGUGGCACGCCGUGCCCGAGAGGGAACGCCAGCGCCGAACCUCGCGUAUCGAUCCCAUCAGGUCUCCGACAAUGGCGGGCGGCUUGUUCGCGGUUAGCAAGGCCUACUUUCAGUACCUGGGCACUUACGACAUGAGCAUGGAAGUGUGGGGCGGAGAGAAUCUGGAGCUCUCCUUUCGGGUGUGGCAGUGCGGCGGCAGCCUGGAGAUCGACCCGUGCUCCCACGUGGGGCACGUUUUCCCCAAGAAGGCUCCGUACCCACGGCCCAAAUUCUUGCAGAACACAGUGCGGGCGGCCGAGGUCUGGAUGGACUCCUACAAGCAACACUUCUACAAGAGGAAUCCGCCCGCCAGAAAGGAGAACUACGGCGACAUUUCCGAACGCCUGCAGCUGAAAGAGCGGCUCGAGUGCAAAUCAUUCCACUGGUACCUGACCAACAUCUACCCAGAACUGCACGUACCCGAGGACAGGGAUGGCUGGCACGGCGCUGUGCGCAGCUCGGGUAUCCCUUCGGAGUGUCUGGACUACAACGCCCCAGACCACAAUUACACCGGCUCGCACCUUUCGCUGUUUGGCUGUCACGGCCAGGGAGGGAAUCAGUACUUUGAGUACACGUCCCAAAAGGAAAUCCGCUUCAAUUCGGUGACGGAGCUUUGCGCCGAGGUGCUCCAAGACAAGAAGGCCGUCGGCAUGAGGCACUGCCCUGGCGACCAACGUUCCACGCCGGCCAGCAUCCAAUGGGAGUUUCGAGACGUAAGCCGACUUUGCGUUUUCCUAUCGUCCGUCUCGCUCUCGAUGGCUUGUUUUCUUCUCUCGUCUACCACCAGGACAAAAGCAUUUACCACCCCCACUCGGACAAAUGCAUCACGGCUUACCGGACUCCCGAUGGCCGCGCUCACAUCCAGAUGAGGCCCUGUGACCCGCUCGAUCAAAACCAGCAGUGGAAGUUUGAGUAAAGCUGAAAGCACAGGAACCUAAGUGACCUUCUUAUUUCCCUCCUCACUCUUGGUGAAAGACAAUUGAGGGAAAUGUGAGCCUUUGUCCCCGUUAAGUGCUUUUUUUUUUGCUGCAGAGAGAUCGAGAAUGCUGACUUUUAGCUGUCAUGUAGCAUUUCAGUGCCUCUGGAAAACUGACACACUCACAAAGUGCCUGCCUGUGCCACUCCAAACCAGCAGGGGGCCGCCCCGGGCGAAACGACUUUGGGUGCGGGCGUUGAAAAAAUGUUAUGCUAAAAUGUAAUGCUGAAAUAACUAAAAAGUAUUUAUCGCGGUACUGCGAGAUACGAAUGACGUGACUAUUCAUUUCAAUGAGGAAGUAUUUACCACGAUGUUUUGAAUUAUGAGUGUAGAUGUGGAACAAAAUGAAGUCUUAUUUCAAUGCGCCCCACUAUUUUUGAGGCAAAAAGCCCUACUUUUGUCUAAACGAAGCUAUUUCUCUUGCCAAAAUCAUUUUUGAAGGUUGACAGAUACAAAAAUACAACAAAUUUGAUCUCAUUUUUUUAUGAGUAUCGUUUUUCUUUUUUUUUUUUUUUUUUUUUAUUAUAUAGUGACAGUGAGUUAAAAAUGACUUUGGCAAUUGGGUUAAAAACAUAUUUAACCUUAUCAACCUUUUGGAAUUUCUCAGAUUUCUGCAUAAAAUCACCAUCAAAUGUGAUCGGAUCUUUGUCAAAAUCACACAGGUGAAAAAACUGUGUCUGCUUUAACUAAAACCACCCAAAUAUGUAUAGAUGUUCAUAUUUUAAUGAAGAUAGCAAGCAAACAAUGACAAAAGGGGGAAAAAAUAAGUAAGUGAACCAUCACAUUUAAUAUUUUGUGGGCAAAAACUUCAACCAGACGCUUCCUGUAGCUACAGAUCAGUCUGGCACAUGGAUCAGGACUAAUCUUGGCUCAUUCUUCUCUACAAAACUGCUGUGGUUCAGUCAGAUUCCUGGGAUGUCUGGCAUAAAUCGCCGUCUUUACGUCAUGCCACAGUAUCUCAAUGGGAUUCAAGUCUGGACCUGUGUAUUUUGUUCCUCUGAAACCAUUCUGAAGUUGAUUUACUUCUGUGUUUUGGAUCAUUGUCUUGUUGUAGCAUCUAUCCUCUUUUUAGCUUCAACUGUCUGAUAGAAGGCCUCAGGUUUUCCUGCAAAACUUCAUUGUUCCAUUAAUUAUUGCAAGUAGUCCAGGCUCUGAGGCAGCAAAACAGCCCCAAGCAGUGGCUUCCUUUGUUUAGUCCCUCCAUGAGCACCAUUCUUGGCCAUAGUUUUACAUAUAGUUGAUGUGUGCACAGAGAAAUUGGAAUGUGCCAGUGAUUUCUGUUCUUUUUUUACCUCUGAGUAUUCUGCGCUAAACUCUUGACAUCAUCUUUGGUGGACGGACACUCCUUGGGAGAGAAGCAACUGUGCCAAACGCUCUCCAUUUGUAGGCAACUUCUCUGACUGUGGAUUGAUGAACAUCCAGACUUUUAGAGAUGGUUUUGCAUCCUUUUUUCAGCUUUAUACAAAUCAACAAUCCUUGAUCGCAGGUCUUCAGACGGCUCUUGUAACCGAGCCAUGAUGCUUCUCAUCAAGACCUUUCUUACCAGGUGUGUGUUUUAUAGUGGGCAGGGCAGCUUUAAACCACUUUCCAGUGAUUGGGCACACACCUGACUUAAAUAGUUUGGCAAAAAUUGGUUUCAAUUGCACUUUAAAUCUCCUUUGACAGAGGGAUCACUUAUUUUCCCCUCUUCUGUCUUUGUUUGCAUGCUAUCCUCAUUAAAAUAUGAAAACCUAUCAAUGUUUGGGUGGUUUUAGUUCGAGCAGACAGUUUUUUCAUCUGUGAAAUUUUUACCACAGAUCACAUUUGAUGGUGAUUUUAUGCAGAAACUUGAGAAACUCCAAAAGGUUCAGAUAGUUUUUCAAACCACUGUAUGAAAUGGUAAAAAACCGUCACAUUUUUGUGCCAAAUUUGUUUUCUACAUAUAAAAUUACAUUAAUGAAGUCAUGCAGAAAAAUUCUUGGCUUGAUCGGCAAUUUAUAACAACUGCUUGAAAAGAUUUUUGAUGCGAAUUAUCAUGCAAACCUGAAAAAACGACAGCCGAGGUUUUUAAAGAUAAUAUAAAAUACUAUAAAGGGAGGUCACCUUUACUACAAAUAAAGUGCAAUUUUUCCUUUGGGAAUGAUACUACUAACCCCUGACAGAUUUAAUAGAUUUUAAAUGAGAUUAAAAGAACGAAAACAUCACCGUUGGAUGAAUUUAGUCGCCGUUUGACUUUAAACACGCCUCUGCUGGAUGUUUUAAUGAAGACUGUUAUGUCUGACCGUACUUGAAAUGGGGAAAAUGGAGGAAUUUUGUGUUUUUGGACUACUGUUGUCAAGUUUGUGGGACAAAGUUGAUGUAAGAACUCCUGAAACUACUGAUGUAAUGCAGGCAAUACUUGAUUUGAAGGAAAUGAAUUAAAGACAUUUAAUGAUUUGCAA